AUCUUUAAAGUUUACUACAGCUGGAUAAACAAUUGUUAAACCUCCGCCACUGAAUACUUUAUCGUAUCAAGCGCGGUAACACAGCUGUUAUACCGUGUAGUAAUGUUAGCUUACGAAAUAAUGUAACGUAAGUUAAGCAAAGCAGCUAACCGGCGAAGCUGUCUGCCUGCCGGGCAAUCGUUAACGUCACACGGGGACAAACAAGGACUUCCUGGGGAAUGUUUAUUCAAGCCAGGAGGACAAUAACAACUUUUUCUUCUCUUCUCAAUGAAAGAGAAUAAGAUGAAGCCGAAACGCACCCAGAGGCAGACAGGACCCAAUUGGCAAGGGAGAGGCCUCAGUACUGCUGGUGACAAGGCAACGCUGAGCCAAGCUAAGCCAACACGUGUGUCCUCUCUUGCUCAAAUCAAACCUUUGGCUGGGAAAGUGUUUUACCUGGAUCUGCCAUCAAACAGAUUAGCAGAGACAUUGGAGAGUAACAUCAAAGACCUGGGAGGGAGUGUCGAGAAGUUCUUCAGUAAAGAAAUUAGGUAUCUGGUAUCCAACAAGAGGGAGGCAAGAUAUGUGCAUUGCCUCAGGCAGGAGUCUCCUGUGCCCAACCCGGACUCCGGCCCGAGUUCACCUCAUCCUCGAUCAAACCAGCACCAGCCUGGCAGCAACAUCAAAAGCAAGUCUCAGGGUCAAACAGACACAUUUGUUCCAAGUCGAGGGAAGUCGUUGGUGGAGAGAGUGGUGAAAGAGCAGGAGAGGGUGAAAAUAAACAAGAUCCUGUCAAAUGCUCUGGAGUGGGGUGUGAAAAUCGUCUACAUAGAUGAUAUAUUGGCAUAUAUUAAGAAGAGAAAGAAAAGAGUCAGCAGCCAGUGUCCUGCUGUCAAAAGAAGUGUCAAAGCUGAGUCCGCAGCAAAGCAAGGAUUUCAGAAAUGCAAAGGGGGGCGGAUCAGUAAACCGUUCGUCAAGGUUGAGGAUUCAAGCAGACACUACCGCCCCAUCUGCCUCACUAUGCCAAACAUGCCAGAGGUCAACCUAAAGACUGUUGCUCCCUGUAGUCCCUUCUGUGUCGACGACAAGGGAACACCUGGGAACAAACAGCCGGGACACAGAGGUGCGAAAGCCUCAGGCAGUGAAGAGCGAGCAAACGGCCGAAAGAAGAACCGAGACAAGAAACAAGGUGGCUACUGCGAGUGCUGUAUGAUCAAAUAUGAGAACGUCACAGCGCAUCUAAAGAGUGAACGUCACAAGGCUUUCUCCAAGAGUGACGAAUACCUGGUGGUGGACAAACUGGUUUCAACCCUUCACUGCAACUUUAUCCAGAUCAAACUCAGGUUAAAAGGUAAUUUACCAAAGUGCAGUGUUUCCUCUGUUCUCACCGUUCCUGCACCCUGUGGGAAAACUCUGCAAGGACACAAGAGAGAUCUCGAUACCACAGAGAUUAUUAAAGAAGAGCAGCACUGGACUGUUGAUGGGCACAAGGAAUCUUAUUCAGGACACGCAAAGAUCAGCUCAGUUACUGAAUCUGCUUCUCUGAUUCACAUGGAGGGGGAGAGGAGGAGCUAUUACACUCACUCCGACAGAUCCAAGCACAAAUCUGUUGCACGUAAACGGCUGUGCAGACACAAUUCUUUGACUUCUUGCACUCAAAAAGCAGAGCAAGCUCAAAUUCCUCAGCCAAAGAAGGAAACAGCUCCCUCUAGAGGGGAAUGUCUUCCUUCUAUUCCCUCCAGAGUCGCUCAGGUCAACACAGUGGACCAAACAUUAACUCCAGACACGACCAGUUCAACCUCUCACAUCCAUAAUAUGAACGUACAGAAUGGAGCUUCCUCAAAAUGCUUUAAUGUUAUAACUCAUCAACAAGAGGAGUCGGAUAACAAACAGGAUUCCCCAGCGUAUGAGGCUGUUCAGGACGGAAACAUAUUGUCCGACAAAAUGGCUGAAAACAACCUCUCAGAAAGGGAAGAAGUGAGCGUUCCUUCACAAAGCUUCUCUCCGGUCCGGAAAAUACAGAGGAGGGUGAAAGUUUAUAAACGCAAAAGACGGAAAGUGAACACGCACGUUGAAAGUGUAAGGCCAAGUGACAUUCCCGACAGCUCCAUGGACGUUGAAUUUCUGGGGUUUGAGGACUAAGAAGGGAGACAUGAUCUGAAGGGAUAAACUGGACUAUUAUUGACUUACAAUACUUGAACCAGACCACAUUCUGUGCCAUGGAUACAAACCACUAGAUCUUUCUUGUCUACAGAAACCUCAGUUUAAAGACGGCAGAAGGAUCUUUAUUUAUUUUUUAUAUCUGAUGAAAGUCAGCUGCUGACGUGCUGUAGCUUUUUGUCACAGCAUUGUAUAAGAUGUACAACUUGAAAGAGGUAAAUCCUAUGAUGACAUUUAUAAUUCUCUUUACAUUGGCUUUUAAAAUGACAUUUUGCA